UGUAAUUCUUUGUUUUCUUUUAGGUACAUGUAUCAUGUUUUAACUAAAAACACAACAGUCACAGAUCACAACCGCAACCUGCUGGUGGAGACCAUCCGUUCUAUAACAGAGAUCCUCAUAUGGGGGGAUCAGAAUGACGGCUCUGUCUUUGACUUUUUCUUGGAGAAGAAUAUGUUUGUUUUCUUCUUGAACAUCUUGCGUCAGAAGUCUGGCCGUUACGUGUGUGUACAGCUUCUGCAGACCCUGAACAUCCUGUUUGAGAACAUCAGUCAUGAAACAUCGCUGUACUACCUGCUCUCUAAUAACUAUGUAAACUCUAUUAUUGUCCACAAAUUUGACUUUUCUGAUGAGGAGAUUAUGGCAUAUUACAUAUCAUUUCUUUCCCUUAAACUCAACAAUCACACUGUGCAUUUCUUUUACAAUGAGCACACUAAUGACUUUGCUUUGUACACUGAAGCUAUUAAAUUUUUUAACCACCCAGAAAGCAUGGUCAGGAUUGCUGUUAGGACUAUAACUUUAAAUGUCUACAAAGUGUCAUUGGACAACCAACCUAUGCUGCAUUACAUUAGAGAUAAAACUGCUGUCCCUUAUUUCUCCAACCUCGUUUGGUUUAUUGGAAGCCACGUGAUAGAACUGGAUAACUGUGUGCAGACUGAUGAAGAGCACAGAAAUCGGGGCAAACUAAGUGACCUGGUAGCAGAACAUCUUGAUCAUUUACAUUACCUUAAUGAUAUCCUUAUCAUUAAUUGUGAGUUUUUAAAUGAUGUGCUGACAGACCAUCUACUUAAUAGGCUCUUUCUUCCCCUCUACGUGUAUUCAUUAGUAAAUCAAGACAAGGGUGGAGAGCGUCCAAAAAUAAGUCUCCAAGUUUCUCUCUAUCUUCUUUCUCAAGUAUUUCUAAUUAUACAUUACGCCCCUUUGGUGAACUCGUUGGCUGAGGUUAUACUUAAUGGUGACCUCUCAGUGUUUUCUUCCAAAGUUGAGCAAGACAUACAGAAAAACUCAGCAAAGUCAAGUAUCAGAUGCUUCAUAAAACCAACAGAAACACUUGAGAGGUCUCUUGAAAUUAACAAACAGAAGGGGAAGAAGAGGGUGCAGAAAAGACCCAACUAUAAAAAUGUUGGUGAAGAAGAUGAAGAGGAGAGAGGCUCUGAAGAUAACCAGGAUGACCUCGAUAAAACUAAAGGUACAGAAGUGAGUUCAAAGAGCAUCAGAACAAGCACUGAAAAUGAAGAAAUAGAGAUGGUAAUCAUGGAGCGAUGUAAACUGUCAGAAUUAUCUAUCUCUACUGUGACAGAACAGAAUACAACAGAUGAAGAAAAGAGUGCAGCUGCCUCUGGGAGUGAGAUAACAACCUGGAACAGGCCUUUUCUUGAUAUGGUCUAUAAUGCACUAGACUGUGCUGAAGAUGAUUACUAUGCCCUCUUUGUGCUCUGUCUUCUGUAUGCAAUGUCACACAACAAAGGAAUUGACCCAGUCAAGCUGGAGAGAAUCCAACUUCCAGCUCAGCAUGCUGAAGAGAGAAAUUCGUAUAAUCACGUACUUGCAGAAGGGCUCAUCAGAAUAAUGAAUUAUGCUGCACAGCCAG